UUCCCUCGCUCUGCUGCUUGUAUCACAUGUUAUUUUUAAUUUCAAUUUGUUGUGUCUUUCAGCAGCUGAUUUAUUUAUUUCCACCCACUGAGAUUGUCAUACCUCCUUCAGUUUGGAGUCAAUUUGUUUGUACUUGUUGCAAAUUGAUUGUAGGCUUUCUAGUUGCACUGACUUUUAUGUUCAAGUCUCAAUUAUCUAGAUGAAAUCAAUGGGAUGAUGAUAAAACAGUUAUUGCUGCUCACUUUUCCAAGACAUUUUCCCAGAAUAGCACUGCUUCUUUUUGUCCAAUUUGCAACCUGGAAUGUAUUGUGUUGACUUUAUCUGAACCCCCCCAUGUCUUCACAAUCUUCUUGUGAACUCUCUUGACAUAUUGCUAGAUUUGAUAACGCAGUGUUUCACACUGUGUCAAAAGAAGUGCAUUGUGGUCCAUGUGGAAAAGACCUGAGCAGACGCUGUAGUGUACAGCCUGUUUAUCUGCUAGUUUAAUUGCUCUGCUUUGAGGCUGUACUCCAUUAAGAAAUACUACAUUCCUCUUAUGUCAAAUUUCUCAGAUUUCCCCCGCAGACGAGCACACUAGCUCCCUCAACUUGUGAAGUUGAGCCUGUUGUAGGCCCUCAGUUGCCAUGACAACUAGAUUAAAUGUCUGCAUGAUGUCAAGAGUUGCAGCAAUUAAAAACAGCAGCUCUUAAUAGCCUUAAUGAUCAAUUCACUUAUUCACAGUUGUGUAUAACCUUGGCGAACUACCUCCAGAAGAGACAGAGGCGACUGAAGUGGUUGUUGACUUGAUGAAGACAAUGUUCUGUGGAAGGAGUGCAAGCCUUCCUUGAAAAGGGUUUAGGAAUGCAAUGAUGUUUGUUUCUGUUGACUUCUCAGUAACUCUUGGAUCUGUGUCUUUGAGUUUGGAAAUGGAGGAUGCAGCCCAUCAUGGUAUUGAUGUUCUUGGCCUGAUAAGGCACAUUCUGUCUGAGGCUCACAGAUUCAGGGCUACUGCUUUUGUACACUGAGGACUGACGUAGGAGGCUGGAAGAUUUUAGCUUGUGUAGUGUUUUUUUUUUUGGAAACUCCACGUUCUCUUGUUUUCCUGAUAACAUAAUCUGUGCAGAAAGUCACUCAUGCAGUCAGUUAAAGCUGCAUGUUUCAUGUACUGUUAAACUCAGUGCAUACGUUGGUGUGUGUUUUGUGUGACUGUCCUGCACGCCUGUACAGAGGAGAUUCACUGGCAGUCAGCCUACUAACAAAAGGGCAGCUCUAAUUUUUACCCCAGUAGAGUGGGAGAUCUCUGUUUGCGGUAUAGAAGCGGAUGACACAAGAAAGCACGGCAGAGGCAGCCUCAAGCCUGGUCAUCUCCUUAUAAGUCUGAAGAGGUGCUUUUCUGUCUAUCUCUAGGUGCAUGCCAAGGCAGCUCCUCCACCACUGGCCAGCAUUUCUUUGAAGAGGCUGCUUGUGCUCUUGCAUCCAUUAAUUUUAUGGUUUAUUUGUCAGAAGAGAUGAAAAGUUAGACUAAACUCCUUGCUGUAGCACACAUGAGAGAUUGUGGUUCACUUCUGUGUACUAAAUGUUGACUCACACAAAAUAUAGAAGAACUACAUAUGAGACUGACGGUUGACGUGAAACGUAAAUACAGAAUAAACCCACAGUACAGUGUACUGUGCUUUGUUUGAAGCAGGCAUGUUAUGUCAUUUGGUAAGCUGGGCUAGCUGCCAUUGGACCACACAUUGGCAUUUUGUUUCUUUUAUACAGAACACUCUCCAUAACAUUUCACACACACAUUUAUUGACUGUGCCUAACACUGUAGGCAGUGUGUCAGCACCAAGUGAAACAGGCUGCCAAGCCACGAAUUGUCUUUGCUCUACAGUCUUUUCCUUUUGUCUGCCUCCAGUCAAUAUCGCCUGUCUCCUUGAUCCCCUCUUGUCCACAAUGGAGAAUUCUCCUCUUUUUUGUUUUUCCCUCUCCCACUGUGGUGCACCACCAGUGGUUUUGGCCCUCAACUUGUUUGCAGCUUGCCUUUUUAAAGCAGAUAAGGUGACACACUGACGGCUAAACCAUGGGUCGAACCAGUCAGAAGCUGGAGCAGAUUUUUGGAUGAUACAGUUGUGAAAGGCCAGAUUAGCAUCAGACUUUGUCAGUUCUGUGCAUGGGGGCAGACAGCUCGCCCGCUAACUCUGGCCUCCGGCAAAGUAGCCUGAAACCUCCAUUUUCUCAUGCUGAUCCACUGGUGAAUCAUUGCUGCCUAGCAGCAUAAAGAACGCUCUCAUGAAUGUACAGUAUGUUGUGAAACUGUCUUUUUACCCUGUGCUGUAGCCAAGUAGUAUAUUACAACCAUCAGUAUUUGUGUGCCUAAUUUCAGCAUUGCAGGCGAGGAUCACAGCUGAGACGUAUCUUGGGCGGUUUUUGGAUACAAACAGAGUGGCCUAUAAAACCACCAGACAGACAAGUGUUUGGCUGUGUAUGGAGACAGCGUAGUGUAUUCUGUUUGGAGAAUACUUGGAUAUCUCUCUCCAGAGAGGAUUGUGCAGUUUGCCUUAUCAAAGCUGCAAUCUGUCAGAUAUCCUGUCUUCACUCUGACUGCUGCCUCUUUUUUCUGGUCCAUUUUUAGCAACAACUUCGUUACGCUUUUUCUCUUAAUGUUUCUAAGCUACAAGAAGUAACGGCUUUAUCUGUCGUCUAAAUCGUUAGGUUCCAUUUUCACUUGGUGACCAGUUUAGCUUUGUAAAAAUAAUAUUGAUGUCAUAUUCGGUGUUCUAUACAGGAGAUUUAUGAUCAGUUUCUCUAAUAAUUAUUUCUUCGCCCCCUACCUUUCUUUUCCAGGGUAAUCAGUAACUACAGAAAGGCAAGUCAUGACUUUCGAGGAAGCGAGAGUGUAGAGGUCACAUUUCAUUGUGAUGUUUUAAGAUAAGAGAUGAUGGUGGUUUGAGGAAGACAUUUAAUGCUCCAACUAGAAACUGAGCUAUGCCUAGAUAAUGAAAUAGCAGUUUAAGAUAAAGGAAUGAAGCAGUCAAUGAUGUGUAAAUGAAGAAAUAACUUGUGGUUAAAAAAUAACAAACUGUGUAUUCAUAGGAGUGAGCACGUUGAUAAGAGGUGUAGAGACAGGGAAAUGGGCAGGGGUUUGAGAGAGAUCAUGUGAAUGGAGGAAAGGGAUGGAUGGUGAUAAGGUGGAUGUGUUUUGGGGGACACGUUGGCACUUGAGGGCAGCAUGGGGUAGUAACAGGAGGUGUUGAGGCCAUUGGUAGUCACAUGACUGACAGGCAACCCACUGUCACCUCGGAAACCAGGAGCGCCGGCCACUCUUAUCCAAUCAUGUCAGGAAUGCUGGCCGUCACUCGGCUCAGGGGCUAUUUCUGCUGUCUGUCGCUAGUGCUUGGUUGUGCUAAGAGUCUGGCAUACAGGGAUCCUUCUUUUUUUUUUUCUUUCCCCCUCACCCUUCCUCUCUUUAGCCUCCACUGGUAUUCCUGUGAGUGCGUAGUGUAAAGUUGUCAGCUCUUGCGCAGUGGCAGUCUAGUUUUGGUGGUGUAAUUUCUUUCCUCAGUUUACUGUUGGAAGGAAAGUUGUGGAAGAGACUAGGAGUUGGUGGGAGGAGGGUUGGGGGGUGAGAGAGAGAGAGAGAGAGAGAGAGAGGGAGUGGAAGAAAAAAAAAAGAGGGGAUCAGUCAUCUAGCCAGCCAAAGGAGAGAAGUGGGCGACACUAAGAGACAGAGACUGGAGCCAGAGGAGAGAACCAAACAGCCAGUCAGAGCAAAAGUGAGGGGGAACAGAAGCUGUGGGACGAGAGGUGAAAAUGGCACAACGUCUGCGUUUGUACUUUGGCUCAGGCCGCAGUAACACAGCCCCGGAGAUCCUGGAAGGAGACUCCGAGGAGCAGCAGGGAGACAUGGAUGUGGUCACACCGCUCCGCAUGCAGCCUUCUCCUGUAUCGAGGCCUUCCCAGGAGCCAGUCCCACCGAGAGCUUUUGGUUCGCGGUCGGAGCCUUCGCUAAAACGCAGCUCCUCCAUGUUCAUACCUCAGCUCGCCACCUACGCUGAGCCGCGGCCCACGAAGAGCUCCUCCAUGCACAUCUCCCUCCAGCGCUCCAGUGGAUCAAGUAAUGGCGAUGCCCGUGGUCAUGCCGAUAAUGUCCCACCACCCUGUUAUACUCCUCCAGGACCUGCACCUGCAUAUACCGAACAGAUCGGAGAAGAUGUUCCGAGACAUCCGCCUCCUCCAUACGACAGUCCGGAGUCUUUAAAUUCACAAACUUUGAUGACAGAGCCGGACCUUCCCAAACGCAGGGUCUUUAGCAUUGGUUCCAAUGGCCAUACUGUGUAUAGCAGAGGCCAUCCUGGUAUCACUGUUGGAGGUAUUUGUAUCCAGAGGAACUCUCCUGAUGGUUCUGACAUCCAGCAUUUCAGAAUCCUCCCGUAUGGUGGUACCGGCUGGUCUGUCCAGCAGCCGAGCUUGGACCAGUGCUCUGUUGUUAAUGGUGGAACACAGAGACUUGUGUUUCAACUCCAGCAAAAUCAGAACCAGGAUCAGAGCCAGGGCAGGCAACAAGCUGCUGCAUCCCAGGAAGAAUGCACAGAUGCUGGAUUUGCCAGAAUGGUGCGUUACCCCAGAAUUCGAUUGGAGAGAAGCUCGUCUCAUCAGAGGCUGCUGGUGGAGAAUCAACACCAGAAAACUGGUACUGAUAGCCAAGCUAUAGAGGAGAACCAAACAGACAUGGAGGCAAGAAACAGAUCUAAUGGCUGUACUUUCAAAAUCAGUGGGGAGACUUCAAGGAGGCAGCCUCAUUUCAAGAUAUAUUUCACUCCAGGCGGAGGUGGAGAUCAGGAUGUGAGUCUUGGCAGUGAUGGAAGGAAUAAUCCCAAGGUAAAUAAUUGGAAAACUUUAGCAGGACUGUUGGGUGGUUUGGUGAAAAAGAUUUUGUAAAUGUGCGCCGGUUUUGUUUUUGAUGAUAGAUACAUUCAUUUGAGAAUGAAUAGUAAACGUUCACAACAAAUAGUGGAUGGGUCAUCUCGCUCAUAUGACAUUUAGUUGAACACAUGAUAGCGUGUAGUGAAGCCAGAGGAAGGGGGGCAUCUUGGAGGAACAUGGACAUAACAACUGAAAAUCGGGGUAAAAAAGUCAAGUCUGCCGAUCUAAAUGAUGCAGACUUUGUGGAUUUUUUUAAGUAUUUCACAUAAAAUGUGCAUAGUUCCUCAUAUUUUACUUAUUUCAGUUGCUGAAUCCACCCCAGACGAACAGAGAUCCGUAUGGUGCAGGAAGAGGGUGGUGACAUUCUGGGAAGUGAAAAGCACAGACAUGGUUGCUGAACUAAAUCACACACGCUGGCUUUCUUUCACUUCACGACCACAGGCAUUUGAAUUUUUUACACACAUCGGCCAAUCAUGAAAGGAAAACAGGAACAGGGAUGGAUGAUUUCUUUCCCAAUGCACUUGUCGCCUUCUGUUUCAUAGAAAUGUGACACUUAAGUUUGGUAAUACCCUUAACUGCAGUCAGUGCUCUUUAAGAGUUUGCUGUUUCUAUCUUUAGUCUGUUUCGAGCACGGUUGUUGAUUUUGAGUGCGGGCAGGCGGCGUGUCUUCUUUGGCUCGAGGCUGGUAUGGAUCCAUAACCUCGCAGCUGCUGCAUGAGUGAUUAAGACUUAGGACAUCGUUACGGCCCAAACGAUGAUCAGGAAGUUUAACAAGCUAUCAGUAUCCUGAAGCCUUGAGUCUUUUGACGUUGCUGUCCGAACUACAUGAAUGUAUAACUCAAGCUAUAAAAAACCUUAUUGUAGAUAUUUAAAUUAUGGGUCUGUCGUUGAUUAUAUAAGGAUUGCUCCCAGUAGUUUCCACAUGAAGGGUCUUCUGCCAGGAGUCAGCAGGGACUGCUUAAAACGGAUGCUUAAAUAUUCCUACUUUUGCCUCCUACUUUUACAAUGUAUACAACCAUGACAUAAUGAAGCACUGUUAUGAUGUUUUGUCACAUGUUGUAAGUAUACCAGCCUUUACAAGUAAAUGUUACUUUUCACAUUGAUUUUUGAAGGGUUCAGCCAAGUCUUACUUUCUGCUUUCCCACUCUGUUUAAUCAUUUCAUGAGUCAUGGCCACUGUACUAUACUGAUGAAUGAUAAUGGAUCAAAUUGUACUCUAUGGUGUACUUGACUUCUAGUGCUGCUAUGAAGCAGCUUAUUAUGAGUCGUUCUCCGUAUUGUUGCCUGGUGCAUGGGGACACACAUGGAAGCACGUACACAGUCCUGCCAAUUAUUCCACAUUAUUCCACUGAUCGAUAGGUGAUAGUGAGGUGCCAAGAUAACACAACAUUGCAGCAAAUUAAUAUGGAUGUUAAGUAUGGUGUGGCUCAGGCAGCAUUUUUCUGUCCAAACCAGAGUGAGUUAGAGAAGGUUGAAAGCGAGUCCUCUCAAACUUUUUUUUACAUUCAAACCCAACCUGAGCCCGGCAUUGUAAGCGAGUCUGUGAGUUUGUGUCACCCUAUCUUGCAGUUGUUGCCAUGGUUGCAACUUGCCUGGUUACCUUGAUAACAGUCAAUUACAGUGUUGACCGUGAAAGGGCAAUGUUCUGUGCACAGCACAUGCACAUUUAAUGAAAAAGAUAUGCAUAUAGAUGUCAUUUACAUCUAUAUGCACCAAUGAAUUGGUGAAUUCAGGAUUAUUGCUUAACCUUGAACCCGAGUGUUAUGAAUACAAGAUGGUGUGUGAUCUGGUGAUUUAUUUCUGGUUUUGGAUCUACAACCGCAACAUAUUUUUAGUCAGCGUUUUGACAGCACUUAGGCCUCACUUGAAUGCAUUUUUCACACCUUCUCCUUUCCUUUUUUUAAAGACGCAUGGUGUUGUGUUACCCCAGGGCUUCCUGUUUCUCAUGCAACAAGGAAAUCCUCAUUUAGACCAUAAUGACAGGUCUUCCCCAAGUGCUCGUCUGGAGUCGGAGUGUCCCUUUUUAAAGCCCUGCAUGAUGGGAUACUACGAGUGUGUGUGUGCCAGCUAGACAGAUCUGCAGACAGCUAUGCCACCGUGCCAUGGCCUUGUUACAGCCCUGCCUGGACGCUCACCCCCAGUUGCCAUUCACAAAGAGCCCUUUCAGGCCACUGGGUUUGCUAUAUUUACCUGAGACGGGAUUGUGGAUGGAUGUUUAUUUUGGUCCAGUAGCAUGUGAGAGGAAUUGAUAUUGCUAUUGUUGUAAAGGGCUUUUCUCUGUCAACUCUGAUCUCUCAGAGGUGCACGGCAGUGUAAUUCAGUUGUGUCAGCACAGAGACUGUUGAGUAGGUGAGACAACCUUUUCACACUUCACCGCCAGUCUGGACAUGUUCCAAGUUGCUCUAUAUCAUAAACUCUAAGUCUGCAAGCACCUCUUCAUGCAUAGCAGAUAAGUGCAACCACCAUUAACAGUGCCCAUUGUUGUUAUUCCCUCUUGUGGCAUCUAGACAUGUUGAUAGAUUCGGUUUUAUUUGUUCGUACAUUAUGGAAUUUCAUUAGUGGUGCUUAAUCUUUGAAGAGCAACAUUUUAAAGAGCCAGCAGGUGUGGACCUUUGGUAUGAGCACCACAAAUGGAAUUGGAUUCCCCUCCAUUGAUUUAGUAGUGGCAGAAAUCACAGAACCAAAUCUAUAAGACCAAAAAUCUAAGCAUACAGCAAGAUGUAUGUGUACGUGUUUUGGGAUUUAUUUAUUUUUUUAUUAUUAUUAUUAUUAUUCCGUAUUAUGACGGUGACAACCAGUGCGAAGGUGCAUUAGCACUGCCUACUAUGACAAAGCAAGAACAGAAAGUUUGUUGCAUCUAAACAGAAGGAUACUAACUUGUUUAUUCAAGGGCAGAAGUUUUUGUGUGGGAUGAGAUGCUAUCUUAUUUUGAAGAUAGCUUCACAGGCCUUCAUCUGCCUCAUGCCUCUUUAACUGAUCGUCCCUCCUCCUCCUCUGGGUCAUCCGCGGCGCCCUCCCUUCCUCUCUGAGUGUAACCUGGCCCUGGGAGGCAGCUGCAGGCUCAACUGUGACCCUUUGAUGACUCUGCAAUUAUAUCCCUCUGCAUACUCAUACCCACAGCUUAAAAUGCUUGUUAUUGUUAAGGACAGAAAAAACAGCCGUUUGUCCCAUGAUACACACCGCCACAGACUAUCUCAUGAUCUACAAGCUACAGAGCCACCAUUCGUUAUAGGUUCAUUUGGAAUGGUAGCAAAGGUGCUCGUUGCAACAUUGAUUGUAAUUCUAAACUUUAUUUACUCAGAACAAGGUUAAACAAAGUGUUUCACAAAUUCACAUGGUUGCUGACAGACCAACACAUGUGAAAGAGUGUAAUAUGAUACUGUCACACUCACGGUGCAGUCCAGGUUGCUUUUGUUGCUCUCGUCCAGUUCAGAUAAAGCUCAUGAUCCACUGUUUUGAAUUACCCUGGAGUUGUGCAAAGCAGUAAAUGAAUCGUCGAGUUGGUCCGGGAAGUGCAAGCAGAUACUGUUGUAAUUUACACAUUAGUGGUUCUGGCUUUUCCAGGAAGAAAUUGUUUGAAUAAAGUGUGUGUGAGUGUAGAGUGUAGCGUGUGUGUAAGACAGAGAGUACACAUGGAUUCACCAGUGUUUGUUUUCAUGCCUGUACAAUAAUAACCUACUUUUAAUGUCACACUUUUGUAACCUUUCACCAUUGAAUUCCAGGUCUGUUGACUGGUGAGAGCCAAGUGCACUCACUUUCCAACACUUUUGCUUUUAUUUUUUUUUCAUUUUGAUGCUCAGAAUAAACCAGAGUGUCUUCCGUAUGCCAUAAACUUGUAUGAAAACACGGGACUUGGCCAGCAUAGUUUUAAGAAAGAUCCAAAAGUGCAGGUUUUGUCUUGUUUUUACUACAUUACUUAAAUAUUGACUUUGCAAAACCAGACUUGAACAUAUUUGAGGAAGUUCUGAGGACUGAAGAAGUGGUUUUGAAUUUUCUUUCAUGUGCACAUUUUUUCAAAGUUCAUUUUUGCUGACUCACUUUAAACAAGGCACCACAAAUAUUCUUAAAUUUCAUUGUCAGAUCAAGCUGAUAUGAAGAGUUUGCCACAUUUUAAGUUCAGCUGAAAACUGUUUUCAUAACUCCAUAUUGAAUUUUUAUGACUGCCCCUCUUGUGUGCAGUGCUGAAGCAACUUUUACAGAUGACAUUGAAAAUAUCUUCUUUUGUACAUGAAAGUUGGAGGAAUCCAUGAGCAGUCCUCAAAAUAAACAUUGAGACUGCCAGGUUGCUCUUUUAUAAACAACAGUGGGUUAGGAUUUUUUGUAUUGUACACUUCAUGACAACCCGUGAAGUCUCCCACAACCUACAGGUGGAUCAAUACUCAAACUGAGAAACCAACAUUUUCAGAUAAUGCCUGUUGUCUAAAUCAGUUGUGUCCCAC